CCCAGCCGCUGUCCUCUGUGCUUCUGUGCUUCUGUGCCUCUGGGUCUCUGUGCUUUGUCUGAGACACACAGCAGAAGCUGGCCUUUAAUAAGCAGUGAGCUGCUGCUCUGUUCUUCAUAUCAUCCUAGCACUCAGAACACUUGCUUUCUUCAGUAAUGGGUUGUUACGAGUGCUGCAUGCGGUGUCUGGGAGGAGUGCCCUACACAUCCGUGGUGGCAACUCUCCUCUGCUUCUCUGGCAUUGCGCUGUUCUGUGGCUGUGGGCACCAGGCGCUCACGGAAACCGAGAGGCUUAUCGAGACCUACUUUGCCCGCAACCUGCAGGACUACAUCACUCUAGCCUACCUUAUUGAGUAUUUCCAGUACAUUAUCUAUGGCCUGGCCAGCUUUUUCUUUCUCUACUGCAUUGCACUGCUGGCUGAAGGCUUUUACACAACCAGCGUGGCAAAGCAGACUUUUGGCGAGUUCAGGAGCACUGCGUGUGGCCGCUGUCUCAGUACGACGUUCAUUGUGAUCACGUAUUUCCUGGCCAUCAUCUGGUUGCUGGUGUUUGCCUUCUCUGCACUUCCUGUCUACUUCUUCUACAACAUGGCUGCGACUUGUCGUACCAUCGACUUUCUCUCUGAGACACCCUCAAGCAUUAACCAGCUGUGCAUGGAUGCCAGACAGUUUGGUUUACUUCCAUGGAACACAGUGCCAGGAAAAGCUUGUGGAAUGACCUUGUCCAAUGUAUGCAAAACAAGGGAGUUUUUCUUGACCUACGACCUCUACAUUGCUGCCUUCGCUGGAGCCGGGAUUACGUUAUUGGCUCUGCUCACAUACACUGUCUCCACUACCUAUAAUUUCGCUGUUCUGCGUUAUCUGGGGAGGAAAGGCUUAGGUGCACGGUGUUAAAGCUCUCUGUCCUUUCCUGCAAUCCAUGCUGUUUCUGUCCACUGUGCACCGUAUGGAAGGACAGAAGAAAUUUCUUCACCUACCUGUUCUACACCUCUGUUUCUCUUUAAGACUUUCUUUCUGUCUGACUGAAACACUUUAUUGCAGGCCAACUGAGUUUUUGUCCAGCAGGUAAUGAUGUAAAUCUGAACCAUGGAGGCUAGUAAACAUUUUUGUUCUGGAGGCAGGACAACAAACUAUUUGAUGACCAUUGAUUGUAACACUGCUUCAUUGUGUGAUAUUGUGCCACAAUUUUCAGACAUGCUGUCUUAAUAGUGCCUUUUCUUCCCUGAUGGACAAACGACUCAGUUGGACAGGAAGCACAGGGUUGCAUGGUGUUUGAUACUGAUGAUGUUUGGUAGAGGAUUUGUGUAAUCUUCAUUUUUUUUCCUUAUUGUUUUAAUAUCUUUUGCUGUUUAUAUUUGUGAUUUGAAAAUAGCAUUUUUGUGUGUUCUAUACAAAGUGCCUACAUCCCUUACAAGCUAUGGGAUGUUAGUUUUUCUUCAAUCCCAUCCAACAUGGAUGUUGUCUAGUGUUACUCUGUAGUCGAAUAGCCAAUUUAGUUUAUUUUCUAUUUUUACAUUUGAUUAUAUUUUGUUUUAAUUAACAGAAAUAACUGAUUUAAUAAGUCAUCCAGCGCUUGUUUUGCUUUUUUUUUUUUUUUCCUUUUUUUUUUGACUUGGGAUGGACUAGCAUGUUACUAUGGUGAUCACCUUUCACAUCUGUUCACCAUGGUGUCCAGACUUGCCAAUAUGGACUGACUUGCUGUGACCUCAGCACUUUUUUCUCACAGUCCAGAGAAUAAUAGAGUCGCGCCCGGCUUUGAGACGAACAUUGAUUUGAAACUAGGGGGUGGACGUCCAUCCAUCAGACCCAUCAGCUUGGAUGAAUACAAAGCUUAAAUUAUGGGCAAAUAGUCUUCAAAAAUCCUUCAGUCAAGCAGAGGACAGCCUGGGCAUGAACUUGCAUUGUACAGAAAGAGGCAGAAACCAACCUGAUGUUUCCUGAGUAUUUUAGUCUAACAUUUGUGGUGCCGUGGUGCCUCUAAUGACUGUCUUGCAUCAGAUUUUUUUUCAAUUUUGAAAGUCAUUUGGUGAUCAUUUCUGCUAUUUAAAAAUGAUGAUUUCUUAGAAGGACAAUGGGUGCUCCGUCUCCCCCUAGUGUUCAUCUCAAAUGCACAUUUCUGCUUGUCCAUCUGAAAAACAGCUGCAUUUGUGUUCAUCCCUGUAACAAUCAGGAGAAAAAUAGUAGUUAUUGUGUAACGCUCCAUUAUUUUAGAUAGAUUUUAUUAUUUUUUUUUACUAAUCCUUAUUUACACUUUUAUGCAUCAAAUUGUUGUUUCAUGCUACUAGCAAUAUUUGUUAGAAGUGUUUGAGUCAUAUGGCAAGUGCUUUUUUUGGGGGAGGAGGGGACAGAUUUUGGUAAUAAAUAAAGGAACUCA